GGCGAGCCAGGCUGUGCCUAGCAAGCCCAAGGUGCCCGGGCUUGCUCAGUCAUAGUCACAGCCACCGCCACCAUGCCAGGGAGGACCUGGGAGCUGGGCCUGCUGCUGCUGCUGGAGCUGGGGCUGAGGUCCCAGGAGGCCCUACCCCCACCCUGUGAGAGCGAGAUUUACUGCCACGGGGAGCUCCUGCACCAAGUUCAAAUGGCCAAGCUCUACCAGGAUGACAAGCAGUUCGUGGACAUGCCACUGUCUGUAGCUCCAGAACAAGUCCUGCAGACCUUCACUGAGCUGUCCAGGAUCCACAAUCACAGCAUCCCCAGGGAGCAGCUGCAGGUGUUUGUCCAAGAACACUUCCGGGCCAAGGGGCAGGAGCUGCAGCCCUGGACCCCUGCAGACUGGAAAGACAGCCCGCAGUUUCUGCAGAAGAUUUCAGAUGGCAAACUUCGUGCCUGGGCAGGGCAGCUGCACCAGAUCUGGAAGAAGCUGGGGAAGAAGAUGAAGCCGGAGGUUCUCAGCCACCCUGAGCGGUUCUCUCUCAUCUACUCAGACCAUCCCUUCAUUGUGCCUGGCGGUCGCUUUGUUGAGUUCUACUACUGGGACUCCUACUGGGUCAUGGAGGGUCUGCUCCUGUCGGAGAUGGCUGAGACGGUGAAGGGCAUGCUGCAGAACUUCCUGGAUCUGGUGAAAACCUACGGGCAUAUCCCCAAUGGCGGGCGCGUGUACUACCUGCAGCGGAGCCAGCCCCCACUCUUGACCCUCAUGAUGGAUCGCUACCUGACUCACACCAAUGACACCGCCUUCCUACAGGAGAACAUUGAGACGCUAGCCUUGGAAUUGGACUUUUGGACCAAGAACAGGACUGUCUCUGUGAGCGUGGGAGGAAAAACCUACCUCCUGAAUCGCUAUUAUGUCCCUUACGGUGGACCCAGGCCGGAGUCCUACAGCAAAGAUGCAGAGUUGGCCAACACCUUGCCGGAAGGAGACCGGGAGGCUCUGUGGGCUGAGCUGAAGGCUGGGGCUGAGUCUGGCUGGGACUUCUCUUCACGCUGGCUCAUUGGAGGCCCAAACCCCAACUCGCUUAGCAGCAUCCGAACCAGCAAAUUUGUGCCCGUUGACCUGAAUGCCUUCCUAUGUCAAGCAGAAGAGCUGAUGAGCAACUUUUACUCCAGGCUGGGGAACGAAUCCCAGGCCAUGAAGUACAGAACCCUGCGGGCGCAACGCUUGGCCGCCCUGAACGCGGUCCUGUGGGAUGAGGAGGCGGGUGCCUGGUUCGACUACGACCUUGAGAACAAGAAGAAGAAUGGGGAGUUUUACCCAUCCAACCUCACUCCACUCUGGGCCGGGUGUUUCUCUGACCCUGGAAUGGCGGACAAGGCUCUGAAAUACCUGGAGGACAGCCAGAUCCUGACUUACCAGUAUGGGAUCCCGACCUCUCUCCAGAAGACAGGCCAGCAGUGGGACUUCCCCAAUGCCUGGGCGCCCCUGCAGGACCUGGUCAUCAGAGGCCUGGCCAAGGCAGCUUUACCUCGGGCCCAGGAGGUGGCUUUCCAGCUGGCUCAGAAUUGGAUCCGAACCAACUUUGAUGUCUACUCACGAAAGUCAGCCAUGUAUGAGAAGUAUGACAUCAGCAACGGUGGACAGCCCGGUGGGGGAGGAGAGUAUGAAGUUCAGGAGGGCUUUGGCUGGACCAAUGGCGUGGUCCUGAUGCUGCUGGACCGCUACGGUGACCGGCUGACCUCAGGGGCCCAGCUGGCUUUCCUGGAGCCCCACUGCCUGGCAGCCGCCCUUUUGCCCAGCCUCCUGCUCAGCCUCCUGCCACGGUGACAGCCCUCCUCACCUGACCCCAUGUCCUGCCCCAUUAAACCUCUGCACCAGUUC